UCGGCUACGCUUACGAGUGAAAGCCUUCCAUCAUCGAUCUCCUAGGUUUGCUUGUGUCGUUUUCAUCCGCCUCGCCGCAUCUCCAUUGUUCCGGUUUGCGACGUCGAACGAUAACGUCGGCGCUUACGAUCUCCCGCCUACGAUAAACAAACCAUGAGCUCAGGUGGGAACAAACCUGGCCCUUUAUCCAAGCCGGGCCAAGGCAACUUGCCGGCUGUGCCGCCAAGCAGCCAGGCGAUACUGCUGGAGAAGUUGAAUCGGAGGUCGACUCCCGACUCCGAAGCGAUGGCGAGCUCCGAUGACGAAGGCGACAGUCACCGACAGGAUAACCCGCCUCCUCCCGCCCAGCCCUCAAAACCGGUGCGUCGGGCCUCCUGGCUGAACGACACAUCUCAACAACCUGUUCCUCGCCCAACCCAGAGGAAGGGGUCCUUUGCGAGCAGUUCGAUGUCUCCAACCACCUCCCACCCGACCACCCCUUCAGGGGAGGCAGGUGUCGCAGGCUGGGGUUCUCACCCGGGCCCGGCCGGUAUUCUUGGGCGGGGUCAUUCAGCAAGUGGUUCAUUCCCCUGGGGCACUGGCAUUUGGAAUACCGAGAGGAAAGAGCCACCCUCGCGUCUGACCGAGGUUCUGCCUUCACCAACCUCCACGGUUCCCCCCGGAGGCUCCAGCAGCUCAUUUUUCUCACCUGACGGGGGGCUGGGCGGCUUGACGCAGACCUCGCCCGCUCCGAGAGACUCACCAAACUCGCAAAUCCCCUUCGCCAUUCCCCUGCACCCGACCCCCAAGACCUACCGUUCCCAGUCCUAUUCGGUGGGGCAACUCGAGCCUGAGGCGAUCGCCCCGUCGAUGGCUACAUCUACCAUCAUGGGAACCCGUCGGCCGAUCGCCCAUCACGGCCUUCAGCACCGGCCGUCCCGGCCCAGCAUGCUUAGUGAGAUGUCAAACGAUGGCUCCUUGCUGGGGAAGGUGAACGAGGACGAGGACGAUGACAGCGGUGGCUCCCUGCAGGGAAGUCAGCAUCAAGACCAGGCCAAGACCAUUGAGAUGCUGCAGCGGGAGAACAUGUUGCUGCGCCAACAGCAGUAUCAGAAUGCCAGAUUGCGCCCAAGGGCCUCGACAGCGAGCGCUUUUGGCCUGAGCAGCAGUUACCUGCAGGAGCCAGUGCCAGAGGAGUCGGAUUAUGCGGUCGACGAGCAAGACGAACUGAACGACGGCUUGGACAUGCCGUCCCGAAGGGAUAUCGCGCGGAGAAUGAGUGAGUUCGGCGUGGGCCCCUUCAGGACUCCGUAUCCGGUGGAGAACCGGAAGUUGGAGAACGUUAAGAAGGCGUUUUGGCAGAGCUCGCUUGGUUUCGGAGGGUUGGGGGAUCUUCCUCAAAGCAGGCGGCACUCCUUCGCAGACGUGCCCACACGGCAGGCUUCAAUCGGUUCCAUUGGAGACACCGUGCAAGCACACGAACCGGCGGCGCAGGACCUCGUUCAUGCGCAAGACUUCGCCCCUUCGUACCCUGAGAAUCCCAACUAUCCGAUGACGAAUCAAGUUUCACCCUACUUCGCUGGCGUCGCUGGUCUUGCCGGUUCCCCGCAAGCUCUGGCCCAGUCUGCGUAUGGCGGCCAUUUUGCGUCUCCCUACGCAGGGGUCACUGGUCCGUACUCCCACCGACCGACCUCGCCUCAUCGCAGUAUGUACGGCAUGUCGCAGCCAAGACACAACCAAUCCCUGCACAUCGUGCUUUUCAAGUGCUCUAGGGCCGAUGUCUUCUACAUCCAGGAGGGCACUGGUCUCACCGUCAAGCCUGGCGACCUGGUAAUAGUGGAGGCCGAUCGGGGUACAGACCUGGGCACCGUCGCUCGGGAUAACGUUGAUUGGCAGACCGCGAAGGAGCUCAAAGAGUACUACGCCGAAGAGCAGUACAGGUGGCUCAUGAUGUACUCCCAGAAUGCCGCCGCGUCGCAGGAUGGCGUAGGGGCUGGCCUCAUGGCCGCAUCCAACGGUCUCCAGGGGAGCGCUGUUGGCGGGAUGGGGCCUCCGAACCAACACCACCACAUACAGGAGUCAGGCGCAGGCGAGCUGAAGCCGAAGCUGAUCAAGCGCCUCGCUCAAAGCCACGAAAUCCAUGCCUUGCGGGAGAAGGAAGGCAAUGAAGCCAAGGCGAAGCGGAUCUGCCAGCAGAAAGUCAAGGAGCACGGCCUCAACAUGGAGAUCCUCGAUGCCGAGUUCCAAAUGGAUUGGAAGAAGUUGACCUUCUACUAUUUUGCUGACACAUACAUUAACUUCAACUCGCUCGUCACCGAUCUCUUCAAGAUCUACAAGACCCGCAUCUGGAUGUCCGCGAUCAACCCGGCAUCCUUCGCCAGCCCUGCUCUAGGACUGCAAGCUCCAAGUGGCGUCGGCCCCGGAGCGGUGGUGAACCGCUCCGCCACAUCGGCACGCCGCCAGGAGUCGCAGCAGGAGUCCCAGUCCGCCUUUUCUGGGUCCAACCAAGCUGGCCGCGGCACUCAGCCAUCGUUCGCCUCGACGUUCACCGGUGAUCGAGCGGUAGCGCCAGGGUCGAAUUACACAGCGACUAGCUUUCCCUACAACACCAACGCCGCCUUUGGGAAUGCCGCUCGGGCAGGAGGCGCUUUGCCGUUUAACCCCGGUAUGAUGCAAGGUGUUGAUGCUUUCUCCGGGACGUUGCAACAGGGGGCGGACUACGCGGGGCGCGGGCGAUUCUCCAGUCCGCAGUCUGUCACUGGCUCGCAGCACGACCAGGCCAUCCCAGCACUCGGGCAACAAGGCGACCUGCUCGGCUCGUUCCAGGGCCUGUCGUUGAAUUCCCGCUCGACGUAAAGGCCCGGCUUCUUAUUCCGUUUCUUCCAUCUCAACUUCCGUCUACACUUCAAGAUUCCCACAUCCGGACCACCUGCGAUCCAGGAACAACAAGAAAAGACUGCCACACAAGAGACGUGCGGAACGGCCGGAACUUCAGUUAUGAGGUUAUGGGACACGUCAGACGACGCUUGCAGCUGACAUCAAAGGCUGCUAUCUUCCGUCGUGGGCGUUUUCUAGUGUUGUACUCGACGAUUCGGGCCAAAAGACCCAGCCCACGGCACCGUCUCUUGUUUUGUUUUUUUCUUCUU